AUGGAGACCGCAAGUGCGUUGGCGCCACCUUCGGGCGGGUCGUUGAGUUCCGUGACGUCGGGCAUCUUGGCGGCGGGACAGCAGCUUUGCCACAAUCUCUACCUCCAGUCCAAGCAGCCAAUGGCCUAUCACCAAAUCGAAGCUGCGUUGAUCGAGCAGACGUCGAAGGGCAAGAAGGCAUCGACGGCCAAGGUGGUCGAGGCCCUGCGUGGACUCAGCUUCUACACGCCCGACGAGCAGCUCAUCGACGUUCUCCUCAACGUGCUGGCGCAGCACGAGGACCGCAAGAUCGCGGGCGCGGUCUACCAUUUCCUGUCGUCGGCGCCCCAGCAGCUUCGCUCCGACGGACUUACCAACGAGGCCAAACACACGUCGGUCGGCCGUCGCGCGCUCGCGCUCCGCACCCUGGCCACCUUGGCUCCCUCCGACAACAAGACCAUCGAUGACUUCUUGGUCGACGCCAUCAGCAACGUCGUGCUCAAGGAGGAGGAAGUUGACCCGCAAAAGACAUCGAGGCGCACGUUCAGGAGGCAUAAAACGGAGACGAGCGAGACGGAGAGGCCGCUCGACCAGGCCGGCGCUCUGCUCGCCGCCCGCUACCGCUUCGGCAACACUCGGCCGCUCAUUCCAGUCGCAAUUCGAGGAAUGUUCUGCGAUGACCCUGUCGGCGCGCGGCACGCCAUCGCCUUGUGCCUUCAGCUCGCCGCCCUCUACCCGGUGGAAGUGGCCGAGGGCGUCAAGGACUUUUUGCCGCAGAACGUGAUGCGAACCCCGAGACCGGCCGUCAUCACGGCCACUUCCUUCCCUGGCGACCGCCCCAACCUCUCCGACACAUUCGCGCGUGCGCUGUUCGUGCGCGUGUGCGGCCGGCUGGCCCAGUCGACCGAGGUGAGCAAGGACGUGGGCGAGGCCUUCUUCCAGGCGCUCUGCCAGUCAGUCGCCGAUCUCAACGAGCGCGUGGCGUUCGAGGCCGUGGCUGCCCUGUGCGCCUUCCCUUGGUCUCGCAUCUCCGCCGCCUGCGUCCUCCCCAUCGCCGACGAGUAUGGCUACAAGCCGAGCGGCAAGCUGCCCCUGGCCCAGGCGGUGGUGACCCGCAUCGUCCAGGCGCUGAGCGACCCCACGCGCUCGGCCGUGGCGCUCCACGCCGCGUGCAGGACCGCGCGUCUCUUCGCCCGCGCUCGCAUCAUUAACUCGAGCUCCCACGUGCGAGACGCGGACGGCACGCUGGACGUCAUGUGCCGCUCUCUGCUGGCGCUGCUGCCGCAGGCCAAUAACAACAGCGCCUCGUCGUCGACUUCGAGCGUCGAGACCGGCCGCAUUUACAUCGAGAUGGAGGUGAUGCGGGCGCUGGUGUGGCUCACGUUCCCGCACCACAACACCCACACCUACGCCAACGCCUUUGGCCAUCACAUCCGCGCCAACAUCUUCUCGUCGGCUCAGCUCGCCGAUCUGUUCAAGGAGCUGCACGAGCGUGUCGAGGCCAGCCCCGACAUGAUCAAGUUCGCCACAAAACUGGCCUACGUGUGGUACUCGAACGUGCCCGAGAAGACAAACGCCGACUCUAUCACGGCGUUGUGGGCCACCAUUCUGAAGCUGGAUGAGGAAUUCGACGCGCGCGGCCGCCGGCAGGGCGAAGAAGAGGAGGAGAGCCGCGAGAACGGCGAUGGCGGUGAAGACGAGUUCGAAGAUUACCGCUAUUCCGAGGGUGACCAACCCACCAAGGCCAAGGCACUGCGCGAGGUUCUCCUCAAGCAUGUGUUCAAGAUGCUCGACUGCCAGCACAAGGCCUCGCAGUCCACGCCCGACACGAAGAGGAUCCGGGAUGUCGUGUGGCGGCUGCGCACGCGCUUCUACCACUUCCUCGCCGAGAACGCUCAGUUCCUCUCCGCCUGGGAUUCCGAGAGCGACGUUGAGGAAUCAGCGGCGCUGAAGGCCAUCCUGCUCCGGCUUGAGGCCGCGGCGGUGAGCGGCUCGUGGGAGACGAGGAUUGUGGCGGCCGAGGGCGUGGCCAAGCUGGCUUUCCGUCUUCCCGCCCUGCGCUCGCAGGUGGGCCACCUCUUCACCAGCGCCGAAUCUACAUCGUCUUCGUCGUCGUCAGCCAAGACCGCCACGUCAUCGUCUUCAUCGUCGGUGCCGGGCGCGUUGUUGUUGCGAUCGCCGCCGGUGGUGCCGUGGGUGGCGUCGCCGGCAGUGCACCUGAUGGAGCUCUCUGCCGGGCUGCAGGACCGGGGCGUGAGCUUCCUGUCGCUCCCGCUCGAGGAGCGCCGCUCGGCCGCCGAGAUCAGCGCCAAGGUCAAGAGCCAGAUGAACCUCUUCGGGCAGCUCCUUGCCGACUGA